UUCGUCUCCUUUCUUCUCCGGCCACGCCUACAGCACGUCACUCAGGGCGCUCGGAAAAAGAUUAUCGUCAGCAUUCUGCAACUGUCCAACAGAGGCUCAGCUCUUGCGGCCGCAGAGUUCCGCCUCUCCCAUUUGUCAGGACCUCCGUCAGGCGUGGCGGCCAGCAACAGCGGUUGCCAGCACGAGGCCUGCUGUGCCUCGAGUCCUCGUUUCGCCCAGGCCGCAGGGUCUACCAACGCGCUGCUCGAGGCCAGCGCCAUCCGCUCAUGUCUGGCCGAGGUACAGGCCUGUCUUGCCACGCCACUGCGUCCAACGCAUGUGCGGUCAGCUGUCUCCAAGUCUUCUCCGGCCCUCUCGUCUCCGUCUCUCCCGGCUCCGGAGGCAGAUGCACCGCCGCCGCCGCCGCUUCAGACAAGAUUGGAUCAGGAAUUGAGAGCCAAAAUGACGGCUGCACCAAGUGGCGGGGAACGCGAGGCGCAGAUCCUGCGACAGAGGCUUCAGAAUGAGUCUGUGGCCAGGCCAGACAAUGGCCAACAUUGGAAGGGACGGGAGCUGAGAGCAUCUGAGGAAUCCAGCCGAUUCAUUGCUCCGCCUAGCAAGUCCAUAGACGAGCAAACCGGCUGGAUCAGUUCGGGUGAGUAUCUAUUUGACGAUACCGACACGCAUAUUGUCUUGAUUUGUCAGGUACACCAAUUGAUCUCACUCGAUCUCGCCUCAAUUUGCUUCUUUAGAAGACAGACUACACUAUUUUCGCUAUUCUGGAAGUACCUUUUAGUGUAUUCACAGUGA